UCUAUAGUUCCAAACUGAGUGCUCUCGAAAAAACGAAAACAAUGGCCGCGGCGGCAAGGUGUGCAAAAGUCAAAUUUACUCUAAAGUGAUGCGGCAUACUGUGAUUCAAACAUCAAGAUGAGAUUAUUAAAACCAACGUGGGUUAAUCAUGAUGGGAAGCCAAUAUUUGCAAUUGACAUUCAUCCAGAUGGAUCUCGCUUUGCAACUGGAGGGCAAGGAGAUGACUCGGGCCGUGUCGUCAUCUGGAACAUGGCACCCGUUGCCAAAGAGGACGAUGAGAAAAAUGAAAAUGUUCCCAGAAUGCUCUGUGAGAUGGAUAACCACUUAGCUUGUGUGAAUUGUGUACGUUGGUCGAACAACGGUUUGUACCUUGCAUCAGCUGGAGAUGACAGACUUGUUAUGAUCUGGCAGUUAAUGAGCUAUGGAGGUAUGUCAACGCCAUUUGGUAAAUCUAAAGCCAACAUAGAGCGGUGGCGGUGCACCAGUACCUUGAGACAACAUGCAGGAGACAUAUUGGACAUCGCAUGGUCCCCUCACGAUGCUUGGUUAGCAUCUUGCAGCGUUGAUAACACUGUGGUAAUUUGGAAUGCUGUCAAGUUUCCUGAGGUGCUCACAAUCCUUACUGGUCACUCUGGGAUGGUCAAGGGGGUCACUUGGGACCCUAUUGGCAAAUACCUUGCUUCACAGUCGGAUGACAAGAGUAUUCGUGUUUGGAGGACAAUGGAUUGGAAGGAGGAGAAUAAGAUCUCAAAACCUUUUGAAGAGUGUGGUGGAACCACCCAUGUGCUGCGGUGCUCCUGGUCGCCUGAUGGUCAUUACAUAGUGUCAGCUCAUGCCAUGAACAACCGUGGGCCAACUGCUCAGAUCAUUGAAAGAGAUGGCUGGAAAUUCAAAAUGGACUUUGUCGGACAUCGGAAAGCUGUCACAUGUGUGCGAUUUAACUCAAACAUUUUCUCAAAGAUAAUAAAGAAGGGGUCAUCGAAGGCACAACAGUUUUCUUGUUGUGCCAUUGGAAGUAGAGACAGAGCUGUCUCAGUGUGGCUUACAGCAUUGAAACGACCACUUGUAGUGAUACAUGACCUCUUCAAGAACUCUGUAAUGGAUUUAGCAUGGAGCAAAUCGGGAACUCAACUUCUAGCUUGUUCUUGGGAUGGUACUGUGGCAUUCUUUGAUUUUGAUCAGGAUGAAAUAGGUCAUCAGCUCAAUCAAGAAGAAAAGAAUAAACUUUAUGAGAAAAUAUAUGGGAAGAAUUUGGGUGUGGCAAACACGGUGAUAGAGAACCCAGAUAUGUUGAACUUAUUGAAGAUGCAGAAGGAACAACAAGAGAAAUUGGCGGCCAAGGUGCAGGCCUCGCCAUUGAGCACACCUAAAAAAGUUAUAGCGCCUAUUAUGGACAAACCACCAACGGAUGUAAAGAGUAAGCAGAUAGAAACGAGAACACCAGAUGGAAGGCGUAGAAUCACACCCCUGUACAUUGCCCCUCAAGUUAAUGUAGGUGCACCCAUGGUACCAUUUACAAACGUGCCCCACCCAGCAUUCUCACCAGCCAAUCAAGUCACUCCUAUCAAGAGUGCAUUCAAGGAGCCUAGCAAGUUGAGUAUUAAGACCGAGAAGCAGGAAUCUGAUUCCGAUUCAGAGGAUGCCAAGCCACUAAGUGCGCUACAGGCUAACAUACAGCCAAUGGCAGCUCUUGACUCACGAUUUACCGAAAAGUCAAAGGCCACCUCUGGAAGUACUGCCCCUGAGAAGACCAAAGUAACACCAUCGCCGCAGUCACCAUCAUCAGUGGCAGCAGCUGCGGCCGCUGCUGCUUGUGCUGCCGCCGCCGCUGCAGUUGCUGCUGCCGCUUCUGACAAAAACAAAGAACCAUCAAAAAUUAAGGAAACGCCAAAGACGACUAACACAGGCUCACCCAGCAGCUUAUCCGGCAGUAAGCGGAAAGAUGAGGGCUCCCUCAAACCGGGACCAAAAAGACCAAGGAAAGAGUACACAAAGAAUGUAACAGAGGUGAAGACAGGGCCUAGGAAAGGACCCAUGAUUGGUCCUCCUUCUACUCAAGAAGUUACUCCGAAGGUUGUUACAACAGCACCAUCAUCCACCUCCAAGCCCAGGCUGAAGUUACCAGUUCCAAAGAUAGAGAAAACGUUAAGUGUGCAGGUUUCCACAGGCACCGAUCAUCAGGCAAGCGUUAUGUUAGAGGUGGAGAAUGACAUCAGUAGCGGCAAGGUCACCCUCCACCGGUUGAAGUAUUUGAAAGGUGGUGAGGAUUUGUGGAACAAUAUGUUAGCCAGUCGCAUUUCUGCAGCUGCUGGCAACAGUCACUUUUGCGCAGUAGCAACUGAAAACAAAGCUGUGAGUGUGUAUACUAUUGGUGGUCGUAGGAAGUCGCUACCAAUCAUUUUAAGUGAACCAAUCAGUGGACUGCAUUGCGGUGGGUGGUACCUUCUAGUAAUCUUAGCAUCGGCAAGACUUUUUGUUUGGGAUAUUAAAAAGCAAGUAGUAGUUAUUAAGAAUGAAACAUUAACUCCGAUUAUGCCAGCAGUGUCUAGUGUAACAGUUGAAAACGUCAGUAUAACUAAUGCAGGUGCCCCAAUAAUCACACUGUCAAACGGCAAGUCGUUUACCUUUAAUACUGCCCUCUGUUGCUGGAUGAUGGUACAUGAAAAAGAUAAUGUAUUACAAUCAUGUUCAGAUCACCAGACCAGUGUACUAGCACAAGCAGCAGUUCAAAUCCAAGGACCUCUAAGCUCUCUCCAAAGCAAGCCAAAUCGGUUUGGUGCUUCAAGGGUUUUUCAGCUUAGUCCCCAAAUGCAGAAGUCUUCCACACUCAGUCACCUUGAGUCCCAACUCAAUGCUGCGCUCGUACUCAAAUCUGGCAAAGAGUACAAAUUUUGGUUGCUUACUUGCGUGAGGUACAUGGUUCAAGAAGGAGUUGAGAGUAGGUUGCGGGAGGUUUGUGAUGAGAUGCUAGGACCAUGCUAUAAAGCAGACGCAGAUACAAGCUCAUGGGAAUCACAUGUCCUAGGUUUGAAUAAGAGAAAGUUACUGGAGGAAAUAUUGCCAAUAAUUGGUACUAACCUAAAACUCCAGCGAUUAUACUCUGAAUACCAAGAUCAGCUUGAGAUGUUCAAAAAGUAAAUGACUGUGAAGCUCUUGUUUGUGUCACUAACUGGACGACAGCUCAGUGAACGCGAGUGAUGAAAGCAACAGGAUUUUUGUCCUCAUCUAGGCUGCCUCCUCUGACGACCUCUUCCAACCUGUGCAGACACUGAUACUGCUGGUGUCCUGAUUAUGGCUGCCAUUUUACUGACAACCUUUUUCAACUCUUGGAGCCAUCGAUGCUGCUGGUGUCUUGACUUAUAGCUGCAGUUUUAUCGACAACCUCUUGCAACUGUUGCAGUCACUGAUGCUGCUGGGGUCCUGAUUAUGACUGCCUUUUUUUUAUCAAGUUCUUUCAACUCUUGCAGCCAUUGAUGCUGCUGGUGUCCUGAUUAAUAGCUGCAGUUUUACUGAUGACCUCCUGCAACUCUGCAGCCACUGAUGGUGCUAGUGUCCUGGUUAUGGCUGCCUUUUUAUUAAUGAUUUCUUGUAACUCUUACAGCCAUUGAUGAUACUGGUGUCCUAAUUAUAGCUGCAAUUUUACUGACAACCUUUUACAACUCAUGCUGCCAUUAAUGCUGCUGGUGUCCUGAUUAUGGCUGCAUUUUUACUGAUGACUUCUUGCAACUUGUGCAGCCAUUGAUGCUGCUGGUUUCCUGAUUAUGGCUGGGUUUUAACUGACAAAAUAUAUCAACUCAUGUAGCCACUGUCAUUAGUCAUUUACUCAUACUGGUGUCCUGAUAAUGCCUGCCUUAUACUGAUCAUGGCUACUGACAAUCUUUUGCAACUUGUGCUUGAUAAGAGACAGUUACCCAUUAUUACAAAAAUUAUCCUCAGUAAAAUUUUGGUAUAUGUAAUGUUCUUAUUUAUUUUUUACAAUAAUUUACUUGUUGCAAUGAUUAUUUAUCAAUUUAAAUUAUUAAUGAUCAUGAAAAUUCUCUCCCUGAUAAAACUGCUUUUAUUAUGGUAGUAGAGGGUUUAAUUAGCCAUGAAAUUGUACACUGUGAAUACAAUACCUGUGACUGAUACACCAAUUUUUGUAAUCUGAAAGUUUUAAAAUUUAGUAAUUCAUAGAAAUUAUGUUAAAAACUCUCUGCCACUUAGAGGAUAAUUUUAUUAAGUAUUUUAAAAAGUUUAUACAGAGAAGACAUGUUAGUAUUCAAAAGAAUGCUGGUAUUCUACCAUGACAGCAAUGGUUACCAUUCAAUGGUGUCAGGGGACAUUAUGUAUAUCUAUAAUGCUGCAUCAAAGCAAGUUUAGUUGCAGGAUUUGUAAAUUUUCAACAAGAAAAGAAGGAUAAAAUAUUUGAAUGUGAGCUAACAAGAUAUUAAGCUUGUGGGUGAAUUAUUUGCCAACAGUUGGCACAGUAAAAUCUAAUACAUGUCUCCCUCCAAAUAAAGACCAUUGUUGGGACUGGGGUCUUUAGCAACUUCUGUUUCUAAUACAAAUAAUAAAGACAUUUGUUAAUUUGGGGCCACAAAAAAGUGGUAUUUAAUUGAGGGGUCUGUAAUAUAAAGGGUGACCAGUAUUUAUUUCUUGAUUUCUAUGAAAUUGAAAAGAGAUGUUCUUUCUCUUGAAUUGAUAUGUUAUGAAAAGGCACCUCGUCUGUAUUUUCUUUUGGUGAGUUAAACCAGUGGUAGUGACAGUUGAAAAACUGGAAGGUUGUUCUUCCCUGGAGAUAUCUGGCCCGCUUAUAUUUUUCGGGGAGAAAAAAAAUCCUGUGUAAUCCCUAAUAUGUUGAAUCAAACAUUCUUGUUGGGGACAUCAUUCCCCUCCCCUUCAGAGACAAAGCAUUCCUCCCAACCCAUGUUGGGCAAAUGCUUGCACCACUACUGGAAUAAAUCAUGUAUUGUAAAGUAUAAUGUAAAUAUGCUAAUUUUGUAUAACACAUUACUAGCAACUGAGCAGCAAGACAUUUUCAUAAGGACUUUUGAUAUGUUCUUUGUGUCUGAAUUUCCUAAAAAUACAUUUCCAAGUAAAAAGCUAAAA